AUGGCCGCUGCAUCGCACAGAUUUCAGAUUGCUAUUUCUGGCCCGACCGAUACGGUCUUUCCGUCCUUCCCCAGUGACGAGUUGGCUGGUGGCAAUGUCAGGGCCAUAACUCUGUCAAAUAUUCGCAGUAGAUGCAACAUCUCCACUAAGCUGUUCUUCACCACAGAUGGAAAAACUCGUCUCGACGACAAAACGACACUGGAAUAUUAUAUGACUCUGACUGUGGAUGGACAAAAGAUUCUGAAGCCCGAUACGGCCCCAGUUGCGGCCCUUGUUCCUGCUCCGGGUCCUGAUCCUGUUCCCGCUGGGGUUCCUGACCCUGUUCCCGCUCCUGCUCCAUCUCUGGUUCCAGUUCCGGUGGCUCCUGCUCCCGUUACUGCUCCUGGGAUCCCGACUUUCCAUGUCAAGGUCACUGAUAGCACACCUGUGGCAUCUAGCCCACUGGCACUCCCUGUCGAGAAUGCCACCAUGACAAAGCUUUUGGAGCAGGCCGGCAAGGCUACAUUCCUGACGCGGGGAACUCUACCGACAUUCUCCAACACGGAACUUGCUGCUCUGACUCAAAGUUAUGCGGCGACCGUGGGUACCGGCAAAUAUCCGGAGCCUGCCGAGCUGAAGGAAGUAGAGUGGGAUGCCGUGAUGAGAAACACUCGUGCUUUCCAUGGUUACUACUUGGACCAUGAGAAAGGAAUUCUAAGAAAGGCUCCAAAGCCAGCCUUCCGGCUUCGGGGCAUCCCCAAGCCUGGAACGCCGGCAAAGGGGACAGCUGAUGACCCGGUAAGGGGACCCCACCCUCUUGAACGUGUUUCUGCGGACUGCGAGAGGUAUACGGUUUCUACUAUAAAAAAAAGGAAUUACAACCCUCCAAUUCCCCCAUUCUAUAUCAAUGAUACGGCGACAGUCAAUGUGUUUGAGAUCAAUGACCAGACAAACAAAGUGCUAAUCAAAGAAGGGUUCAACUCACGAGCCUUAGGGGGCAGCAUCGGCCUGCCGAAAAUCCCCAUCUCGGUUUCCGCUGCUUUCGACGAGGAGCACUCUUGGGUCAAACAGACAAAAGACACAACAAGCGUCGAUUCUCUCGCCGUCACGUAUAAUUUCCCUCGUGUCGUGGUCGAGCUUGAUUCAGAGUACCUCGAGCUCACUCCGGAGUGUGCUCUGGACGCGCGCAACCUGACGGACCAAUCAGGUGUUGAUCGUUUCACACGACGAUAUGGAAACACCUUUGCUACGUCCUUCACACUGGGAGGCUAUCUGUUCAGUACACGUAGUGUCUCGAAAACCGAACAGGCCGACUUGGAGCAAGUCAAAGACCGAACUCGUAAGGCCGCUGGUCUGAGCAUACAGAGUCCCAUGUUCAGUGGCUCCUUUGGCGUUGCAUCGGCCAGUGGCAAGGGUUCCGAAGAGGGGGGUGCGACUCUUCAUCAAGAGGCUCGACUCACGUGGGACGCCCACGGUGGCGAUACGCUUCUAGCAUCCAAUCCCACUGCUUGGGUUGGUACCGUCAAAGACCCCCGCCUAUGGAGGCUGAUGGAUCAACAACGAGUUGUGCAGCUCUUCCACCUCAUCAAGGAGGUUGACUUGUUUGCUUACAAGAACCUGAUCAGCCCGUCCUCUGGCAGUCAAACGGGCAAGGAUCCCGUGCUGGACAAGGAGUACAGCGACAAGAUCCGCGUAUACAUCAUUGAAGAGAGCUUGAAUCGCCCUGAACACAGCGAGCUGCUGAGGCGGAUGGAGGAGUACUACCGCACGAACCAAUACGACGCCAGCCCCGCCCUAGAAGAAUUCAACGGAUUCAUGGCGGCCAACUACCCAGACUCGCAGCCCGGCCUUAUAAAGCCAAACAUCAAGUGGCAUGCGCUGAGCAUGUCCCAGAGAGCUUACUUUGGAGUUUUCAUGGCUAGUAAAGGUCAACUGCCGCUCUGA